AUGUUUGUCUACCGUCCGCAGGAUCUGCCUCAGGAUCCUGUCUUCCCUGCUGACUUGGAGAAACUUGGAUACUUCAUCAAUGAAAAGGACCAGAUCCGAAAGAUUGCCAAUCCCGAACAGGAAUUCCAGUUCAAGAUCAAUAGAAAUGACCGAUGGAACGAUUUACAACGAGGAGCAAUGAACGAAUGCAUUCGCACUGUUGUGUCUUCACGCCUGCGCAGUCUGGGACUCACUACCAUCAGACUUCCUCUCCCAUCUGGUCCUAGAGAUCCUCAUGUUCCAGUUUGGGUCUCUGCAAACCUGGCUCGCGCAUCCCGCGUCAUCGUUGUGUUUGGGGAGCCCAUUCAGGACCUUGGUAUCUGGGCAUAUCGUACUGUAGGCACAGAAGGCGUCGACGCAGGUUCAGCUGUGGCUUUUGCGAGAGCAAUCUUGGCACAGAGAUCCGCAGCAGGCUUCAAAGAUGCAGACACUGCUUUACUUCUGGCGAAUACAGGUCAGCUCAUUUGGCACUGUGGUUCCAGUCGAGCAGUCACCCAUCAAACGUGGCUCGCCCUUUCGCGGUCCUCGGCCGUCGAUCCGCCAUUGACGAUGACCCGUCGAAACAAGAUCCCUUCGAACCAGGACUGGCAGGAACAUGUUGCCUGCGUUUUUGACGAGAUACUCUCGGCCCGCGGUCGCCUCGUCAGGGAGGACGCGAAGAUAGACAUCAUUGGCUUGUCCGAGGGAGGCCUAGGGGCGAUUCGGUAUCUCGCAGCUGAGUGGGACUCAUGGAGACCAUACAUAUCCGCCAUCGCAUUGUCCAACCCUCUCAAUUACACCCAUAUCGACCUCGUCGAGGAGAGCCCGGCCGUGCCAUCAUCGUUCAUCUCUUUCAUUUCCUCUCGCUGCCGUGCUUACGUGCUCUCCGACAAACCUGUUGGCUUCCCCGUAUCAGGCUUUCAAGAACAUGGCUGCAAUUGCUACUCGUCUGGUGAGGCGCUGCAUACGGAAUGCAUCAUGCCAAAGGCCUGGGGAGAUAUUCUUGAGUGGCUGGCAAAGAUGUAUGCGAACCCGUCUGACGGCGAGGCACAUCUCGAGUUCAAGGAAUUGGAUGGCGCCACUUCGGAGACCGUUGCUGGGGAUGGAGAUUAG